AUGAGCAAAGACAGCCAAGACCAGGAGAAAAAUCAACCGGAAGAACAGGCCGAAGAGGAAGAGGACGAAGACGAGGACGACCCCACAGCCAACCACCUUACCGGGUUGCCCCUGGUGUCCGUCACCAUCGCGUUGAGCGCGGCCGUGUUCCUCGUGGCCAUGGACGUCAACGUGAUCGCCACGGCAAUCCCGCGCAUCACGGGCGAGUUCCGUAGCCUCGAAGACGUCGGCUGGUACGGCUCGGCGUUCCUGAUGGCCACGUGCGCCGCUCAGAUCCCGUACGGCCGCAUCUACAGCCUGUUCCCAGCCAAAUGGGUCUUCACCUCAGCCAUUAUGAUCUUCAUGGCCGGCUCCCUCAUCGCGGCCCUCUCGCCAAGCUCGCCCAUCCUGAUCCUGGGCCGUUCCGUCCAAGGCCUUGGCACCUCAGGCAUCCUGUCUGGUGGCCUUAUCAUCCUGGGCCAAGUCGUGCCGCUGCGGCUACGGCCUCUCCUUACCAGCUGCAUAGGAGUUAUGGAGGGCGUCGCCAUGAUUUCGGCCCCGGUCAUCGGCGGCGUGCUGACGGACAAUCUCAAUUGGCGCUGGUGCUUUUACAUCAACUUGCCAAUCGGCGGCUUUACCCUGAUCAUCGUGCUCGUAUGCCUGCGAGACCUCAAGCACAAGGGCCCUCGGAAGACGGGCACGGGCAAGGAGACUAUGCGGCAGACCUUGUACAAGCUGGAUGUUCUGGGAGCGGUGCUUCUUCUUCCUCCCGUUGUUUGCGUGCUGCUGGGGCUUCAUAUUGCUGGGACCGACGGUCACUCGUUCAGUGACAACGAUGUCAUUCUGCUCCUGGUGCUCGGAGUUGUGUUGUUUGGCAUAUUUGCCUAUUCGCAGCACCGCAACGCAGAGGUUGCCAUACUCCCAUUCCGCGUCAUCACACAACGCUCGGUCCUGGCAGGGUUUUGGUUUAUUACAUGCACUAGUUCGGCCCUGGUUGUCAUCACCUACUUUCUGCCACUUUGGUUCCAAAUCAUCAAAGCGACCAGCGCCCAGGAGUCUGGCAUUGGCAUCUUACCCAUGCUGGUUGGAGUUAUUAGUGGAGUUCUCGGCACCGGCGCUGUCAUUAGCCUCGUUGGCUACUACACGCCAUUCAUGCUCGUGAGCUCUGUCCUCAUGCCAAUCGGCCUUGGCCUGCUCACCACGAUUGGUCCCGACACCCCGCGGGCGGCACUGCUAGGCUAUCCCGCCGUCUUUGGCAUCGGGGUUGGUCUAGGCUUUCAACAGCCGCUCAUCGGCGUCCAGACCGUUCUUCCCCAGGCCGACGUCGCCGCAGGCACUUCGGUCAUUGUGUUUGGGCAGACCUUUGGCGCUGCCAUCAUGAUUGCCAUCGGCGAGACCGUCUUCCAGAGCCGCCUGCUGGCCAACUUGGCCAGUUACCUGGGGAUCACCAAUGUCAACACCCACGAACUGCUUGGGAACGGCCCGGCCUCGCUACCAGCUUUGGUGCCGGCGGAGAAGCUUCCGCGGCUCAUCGAGGCAGUAAACGCUUCACUUACGCAGACCUUCUUUGUAGCUGUUGCCCUGGCAGUUUUAUCCGUCUUUGGCAGUGUGUUUAUGGAGUGGAAAUCAGUGAAGCAGCCAAAACGUGUCGCACAAGGCGACGAGGGUGUGGCCGCGGUAGUUAGAAGCAGCAGCACAAGCUUGCGGGCAGCAUGUUAA